ACUUCUCAUUUUAGUCUUUUAUCAGAUUCACUUUUCUACAAGAAAAUGGUUUUGGCCAGUGCACACAACUCCCUAUCUAUCUGUACUGUGUUUGUUAGCCUGUAUUGCUAACAAAUGCUAUGCUGUCAACGUGAACCAGGCGAGGAUGGUAUUUUAAGACCUGCUAUUUUAAAUGGUUGGUUUGAAUGGAUCGCACAAUAUGACAGGCUUUUGGCGUGAUGAUUGACCUCCGAGCCUGGGCCGAGUACGUGGUGGAAUGGGCCGCCAAAGACCCGUACGGCUUCCUCACGACGGUGAUCCUCGCUCUCACACCGCUCUUCAUCGCCAGCGCCCUGUUGUCCUGGAAACUGGCCAAGAUGAUCGAGGCGCGCGAUAAGGAGCAGAAGAAGAAGCAGAAACGUCAGGAGAACAUCGCAAAAGCCAAGAGGGCCAAGAGGGACUAAGACUGAGAGCCUGUGAUGAGGAUUAUAAAGACGUACCAGAGUCCUCCCUCCUCAUCAGAGACGCAGGGAGCCAGUAGGGGGCCUCAGCGAGCGCAGAGGGACGGAGCUGCCCACAGGAUGCUUGCCCCAUUGGGAGGGUCAGAUUGGACAUGUGGUCAGCUUUAAGAAGAUUCACUGUCCAGCUGUUGUGACACAUUGCAUUCCAUUGUUGGUACUGCUGUUAAUGUUAAUAUCGUUUUGUAAGUUAAUAACAACAUGUUCAAAAUAACUUUUAACCAAUAAAACAUAUUUUCUUGUUAUA